AUGCCAACCCAACUCUCAAUCCUAGUCUACAAAGGAAUACCAGUAGACUUCCCAAAAUACAGACACACAGCCCUCCACGCCCUCUACAACAAAGACACAGGCGACAACGAAUGGCUGCACGUAGUAGGCGCACACCCAUUCUUCAAAUUCCAAAAGGACCCCCAAAACCCUAUUUCCGAAGAGCCCAUCGUCUGGAUUCCCGUAUGUACAGUCCCAGAAUCGGUAACUAGGGCUAUGAUUCAUGCGGCGUGUUCGCGCACGGCUGUGCGCAAUGAGCCCUCGAAUUGGGAUUGGAAUUGUCAGAAUUGGGUUGGGGAGGCGCUUGCUGGGCUUGUUGAUGUUGAGGCUGUUAGUGAGGAGCAGAGGGGUUUGGCUAUCGGAGUUAUGGCGGAUGUUAUUCUUGAGGCUGAGGAUGAGGAGUUUGAUAAUGGGAUGUACUAG